CUGAUGUCCUUACUCCCAGACCUGGACCCAGACUGGACUCCUGACAACUACGAGUAUAGCUACGAAUACUAUGACCAGAAAGAGAACACCACUAGUACGUUUACCUACACGGAGAAUCCUGACUGGUACUACACGGAGGAUGAUCCAUGCCAGCCCAACCCCUGUAAGCAUGGUGGGGACUGCCUCGUCAAUGGGAACACCUUCACGUGCAGCUGCCCAGCCCUUUUCUCUGGGAACAAGUGUCAGAACGUGCAAAACAAGUGCAAGAACCGCCAAUGUGGCCACGGUAAAUGCCUCAUUAUCAAGAGCCCUCCCUACUACCAAUGCACCUGUAAACACCCUUACACGGGUCCAGACUGCUCCAAAGUGGUUCCUGUGUGUUGGCCAAACCCCUGCCAAAAUGGCGGUACCUGCUCCAGGCAUAAGCGGAGAUCCAAGUUUAUCUGUACCUGCCCUGACCAGUUCAGGGGGAGAUUUUGUGAAAUAGGUUCUGAUGACUGUUAUGUUGGUGAUGGCUACUCUUACCGAGGAAAAGUGAGUAAGACAGUCAACCAGCACUCAUGCCUUUACUGGAACUCCCAUCUCCUCUUGCAGGAGAAUUACAACAUGUUUAUGGAGGAUGCGGAGGCCCAUGGGAUUGGACAGCACAACUUCUGCAGAAAUCCAGAUGGAGAUAAAAAGCCCUGGUGUUUCAUCACAGUGAGCAAUGCAAAGUUGAAAUGGGAGUACUGUGACGUCUCGGCCUGCUCAGCCCUAGACAUUGUCGACCCAGAGGGAAGCCCCAUGGAGCCCGUGGCCAAGCCUCCAGGGUUUGACUCCUGCGGGAGGAUUGAGACAGUGGAGAAGAAGUUCAAGAGGAUCUACGGAGGCUUUAAGAGCACAGCGGGCAAGCACCCGUGGCAGGCAUCCCUGCAAACCUCGAUGCCACUGACCCACUCCAUGCCCGAGGGCCACUUCUGUGGGGGGGCACUGAUCCACCCCUGCUGGGUGCUCACUGCAGCCCACUGCACUGACAUAAAAGUCAAACAUCUGAAAGUGGUGCUAGGGGACCAGGACCUGAUGAAGACAGAAUUCCAUGAGCAGAGAUUUGGGGUGGAGAAGAUCUUUAAGUACAGCCACUAUAAUGAAAGAGACGAGAUUCCCCACAAUGAUAUUGCUUUGCUCAAGUUAAAGCCAGUAGAUGGUCACUGUGCUCUGGAAUCCAAGUAUGUGAAGACGGUGUGUUUGCCUGAUGGUCCCUUUCCCUCUGGGAGCGAGUGCCACAUCUCUGGCUGGGGUGUUACAGAAACGGGGAAAGGGUCCCGCCAGCUCCUGGAUGCCAAAAUCAAGCUGAUUACCAACACUUUGUGCAACUCCCACCAACUCUACAACCACAUGAUAGACGACAGCAUGAUCUGUGCGGGAAACCUUCAGAAACCUGGGCAAGACAGCUGCCAGGGAGACUCAGGAGGCCCUUUGACCUGUGAGAAGGAUGGCACCUACUACGUCUAUGGGAUAGUGAGCUGGGGCCUAGAAUGUGGGAAGAAGCCAGGAGUCUACACCCAAGUGACCAAGUUCUUGAGUUGGAUCGAAGCCACCAUCCAAAGAGAGGCUGGCUUCUAA